AUGCAACAAGGAACAGUAAAAUUCUUUAACGAUGCCAAAGGAUUUGGUUUUAUUUCACCUUCAAAUGGUGGUCAGGAUGUUUUCGUACAUAUGUCAGGUUUAGUAGAUACUAUUCGUGAAAACGAUGUCGUUACAUUCGAUCUACAAAACGGGAAUAAAGGCGUUAACGCAGUUAACGUAAAAAUA